AUGCCUGGUUUACGCGACGCCUUCGCGCCAUUUCUGAUCGCUGCCGUUGCGAUAUUACUUGACGAUGCUGCGGCACAAAGGAAGCCGAUAAAGGAGGCGCUGUUUCUGCACAACGAUGUUUACGCCAACGCUUCGUUCGAGGACUGCGUGUGGCGGCGGGAACGGGAGCCAUGCCCCGACGCGAACGUCUCCCUUAACUUGUACACAGAGGCUGAGCCGAUUAAGAAAGUGGUCGAUCUGUUCAGCGAGGACUGGCUGCGUCAGAGUGGCUGGGAGCCUUCGCACGAGACCAUCCUCCUAAUCCACGGAUACGCGGGUGGAGACGACACGCUGCCCAUCAUUGUACUCAGAGAUGCGUACCUCCGGCGCGGGGGUUACAACGUGUUCAUGCUGGACUGGGGCGCGCUGUGCCAGCCGCCUUGCUACGUCGCCGCGGUGCACAACCUGCGGCCGGUGGCGCGGUGCGCCGCGGAGGCCCUGGGCAGCCUGCGGCAGGCAGGGCUGCGCCCCGACAGGCUCACCUGCGUGGGCCACUCGCUCGGCGCGCACAUGUGCGGCAUCAUCGCGAACUACCUCAACUUCAGGCUGAACCGCAUCAUCGGUCUGGACCCGGCCCGCCCGCUGAUACGGUCCGCGCCCGCCCUCCGGCUGGACCCGGGCGACGCGCGCGCCGUGCACGUGCUGCACACAAACGCCGGCCGCUACGGCGAGGCGGCGCGUCUCGGCCACGCCGACUUCUGCCUCAACGGGGGCCGGAGCCAGCCCUACUGCGAGGACACCCCCAACGAGGCGCUCUGCAGCCACGUGUGGUCGAUCUGCUACCAGGCGGAGAGCCUGUUCAAAGCGCGGGAGGCGGCGCCUUGCGGGCGGCGCUGCUCGGUGCGGGUGCCGCCGGCGCGCGCAGCCGCACUGCCAGUGCUGUUAGGCCAACCGGCGCCAAUGACAGCGUCGGGCGCGUACUGUCUUGAGGACUUCUCGACUCCGUUUUGCCCCGCGACGUCGGGGCUCGCGGAGGGGGACCCCCGGUGCUGUCUGGACAAGCAGUACGCGGCCGCGGCCACUGCCGCCCCGCAGAGGGGACGCCCCCGUCCGUUGGUCCGGCUACGAGCACGCCGCGUCAAACCCGACGGCACAGAUUAUGCGCACGAACACAACUCCGCAGAUUAUACAGCGCCCGUUCAUAAGUCCAGAGAUUAUUCGGACCCCGAUUACAACUCCACGGAUAAUAACACGUUU